AUGUAUGCAGACUACAACGAGUCACAGGCCACUGUCCGGGAGUCGAUCGCGAAGAUCUGCUCUCACUUCCCGGAGUCGUACUGGUUAGGUAUCGAUAACGCAGCACGAUGGCCCGACGAGUUCCAGCAGGCAAUCGCCAAAGCCGGCUGGCUGGGUAUUAUGAUGCCGACAGAGUAUGGCGGAAGUGAGCUGGGGUUGUCGGAGGCCACCAUCAUGAUGCAGACUAUUGCCGAAAGUGGUGGCGGCUAUACCGCCAGCAGUAGUGUGCACAUGAACAUCUUCGGAUUGAGUCCGGUUGUCAAGUACGGCAACGAAGAGCAGAAGAAGCGCUUCCUCGUUCCGCUCAUUGACGGCAAGGAGCGAGCGUGUUUUGCCGUGACCGAGCCUAACACCGGGCUUGACACGCUGAAAUUGCAGUCACUGGCAAGGAGAGACGGUGACGACUAUGUACUGAAAGGCAGCAAGAUCUGGACUUCCACAGCACAGGUAGCAGAGAAGAUCCUGAUCCUUGUCCGCACGACACCGCUCGAAGAGGUUAAGAAACCGUCGGAAGGGCUUACGCUGUUCUAUACAGACCUGGAUCGGUCCGCGGUCGCUGUCACUGAGAUCAAGAAGAUGGGCCGCGCGGCCGUCGAUACGAACCAGCUGUACUUCGACAACUGGCGUGUACCUGCAGCGGAUCGUAUUGGCGAUGAGGGCCAAGGGUUCAAGCUGAUCAUGCAUGGCAUGAACGCCGAGCGGGUUCUGAUUGCUGGUGAGGCUGUGGGGAUCGGUCUCGCCGCCCUGAGACACGCAAGCCGCUAUGCUCGCGAACGAGUCGUCUUCGGCAGGCCGAUCGGCAAGAACCAGGGCAUCGCUCACCCACUCGCGAAAGCGUGGUGUCAGCUAGAGAGCACGCGCUUGAUGAUCAUGCAAGCUGCGAAGAUGUGGGACGAUGGAUUUAGUUCGGGAGAGUAUGCAAACGCCGCGAAGUACCUUGCCGGCGAGCAUGCUUUCACGGCCUGCGAAACGGCUGUCUGCACGCUAGGUGGGUUUGGUUAUGCGAAAGAGUACCAUGUCGAGCGUUUCCUGCGGGAGGUAGUGAUCCCGCGGCUUGCGCCAGUGAGCAGAGAGAUGUGCUUAAAUUACAUUGCGGAGAAGGUCCUGGAGCAGCCGAGAUCAUACUGA